AUGGAUAUUCUUUUGCUUUCUGUCGUCGUUAAUGUUACGUUAACAUCGCGAAUAUCAACAUUGGUUGUCUAUUUACUUAAAGUAAUCAUAUUAGGUGCAUUAGUAGGUGCAAUAAUUACAUUACUUGCAAUUAUUAUUCUAUUUCUAAUGAGGCCAAAAGUAUUAACAAGAGAAGAGACGAAGCAAAUUCUACAAAUUCCAUCAGACAAGAAACAACUAAAGAAAUUAUUAUCUGUUGAAAAAACUCAGGAAUUACAAGAAGUUUGGCAAUUUUGUCCAAUUCAUAUAAGUGCUUCUUCAACAAAUUCCAAAACAGGCGAAGAACCGAUGCUAACACAAAUUACUGACACCGACGAUACUUUCAAAGCUAUGCCUGAAUUGCCAUCAUAUAUGACACAUAUGGAGGGAGGACAACCAGUUGUGUUUCAUUUCAAAGAAGAGAAACCGGAAACAGCUGUUUUACCGGUUUACAUUAUGACAAAGGAUGGUAAUGAAAUAGGGCAAACAAUAACAUUAUUAAAAUCUUCCGGAUCAGAGAAAAAAGAAUUAGCAAAAUCGCUUAUAGCAAAAACUGAACUACGAACUGCACAAAGUUUAUCCAUUAAAAAAGGCUCGAUGACGACGACGUCAGCGCCAUCAGCAUCACCAUCAUCAUCGUCAUCUGCUAUCAGAAAGACAAAUACCGAGAAGGAUGCGACACAGAUGGCGACAGUAGAAACUAAAGACGAAAACAAAUCCAAAACAAUAACAACUACUUCAAUCAAAUCUGUUGAUGAAGGAAACAAAGCAAAUGGAAGCAAAUUAUCGACAAAAUUACCAUCACCAUCACAACCAUCACCGUCACAAUCACCGCAACUAUUACAACCACCAUCGUCACCAUCAGUACCAUCAUCAUCCUCGUCAUCAUAA